AUGUCGCGCGCCUCCCCACUCAGCGCUCAGGGGCAAUCGCCAGCAGAUGCGAUCCAGGAUCGAUAUGCUCCGGACCCUUACCUGUCAGCCGCAUCCGAUCCGGAGGAAAUCUCCUUUCAGGCCAGUGCCAUUCGACUAACGCCAACGCCAUCGCGGGGGAGUCCUGGGCACAGUGCGGGACCUGGCUCGUCCCCUCAUGAGGACGCUCGAAUCGACUCCACAAUCCAGGGCUAUUUGGACCCAAGAGCAAAUGAUUAUACGGACCUAAGCACUUGCAACUCCCCUAUUUCUGAUACAAGUGUUUUCGUGGAACCAAAAGAUAUCGAACUGGCAAGUGGUUCGACCUGGCAAAAUGAAAAUCUUCCAUCGUACAGGAUCGGGGAGGACAAUGUGCCCAUCGGUCCGGCAUGGGGUUCGUCCAUGGCACCGAAUGUCUUUCAGUGGACGAGCUCGGACCACAACCCGAAUCCGAAUCCAUCAUCCACGCUGGCAGGUCUAGAGCCUCAGGGCAAUUCUAGCACACAGCAAUCGAUCCCCACCUCGUACCAGUCUGGCCUCGGUGUCCUUAACGCAGGCACCGAGCCAUCGGGACUCGGUGUCUUGGCAAACGAGGGGUUGACCGCAGAGCUAGCGUCGAGCGCAACCAGGGGAAGAAGCCCCGUCGUCAAGAUUACAACCUUCACUCGAGGGGAUUCGCCCAAGGAUCGCAGCACGUCCCCCCAAAGACAUCUCGGCCAGUCAUUUGCACACCUAUCUGCCAAUCCAAGCGAGCUGGAAGACGAAGAUGAUGGCGAUCGUCAUUCGGUCUCGUCUGUUCCCGUGAAGCGAUCUGAGAGCGGCGGAUGGAUUCCAAACUCAUCAACCCAUCUAGCUGGCAUUGACCCAAGGUCCCGUGGAGACGAAUUCGUGCCAAGUCCGAAUGACGUCUAUGUUCAGCGAGAACGGAACGAGAAGAACGAGGACAUUUCCCACUGGUCUGUCUCUGUGAGCGCAGCCAACUCGCCUAGUCCACCGCGUCCACGCCCACACCAUGUUUCGAGGAGACUUCGAGCGAGGAGUACCGGGGAUCACCCUCUGAAACAGGAAGAUUAUUUCAACCUAAAAUCUCGCACCGGAGACGCAUCAUUCCCUGGACCUGGGGUAUUAGUUCAUGAAAGCAGCGACGACCUCAGCGAAGAUGAAGCAAGCAUUGACAUUUACUCCGACGAGCCUUCAGCCGAUGUAGAUGAACCUGGCAGAUAUGAUCGCAGCACCCCCGAGGUCUAUUCAUCUUUCUCACCGACAGAAGCUGAGGAAAGCAUCCGUCUUUACCCCUGGCAUGAUCCCCCUCGCGAUCCGACACCCAGAUCGCAAGCGAUGCAGCCGGACAGCUCUACCGACGCUAUGAUAGCUUUUAACAGACGUGUGCGGGAUCUCGAAACAGCAUCGCUCGCAGCAACAAUUGAUAACAAUAGCAUUAUCAAUGUGGGUACAUCCCUCGAGAACUUUUCCUUUACCGAACAACCCAAGAAACGCACUAGUCUGUUUAAGCGUCAAUUUCUGCAGGCAUCCUCGAAGUUGAAGCGCCAAGCAUCUGACCUUUCCAUCGGUCAAUCUCAUAGCUACCCCGGGCUUCCGCAGCGUGAUACAGAGGACUCACUGGCAAAACCGAGUUACUCACCCCGAAAUGGGUUCUUGCACCGUCGUCAUUCGCGGUCGCCAAGCCUGAGCAACGCACUUCUUUCAAUGACCAGCCAAAUGGCCGCUGUCGGGGGUAGCCAGCCUGUCCGAGCAGUGUCGCCUGCACCCUCGCCGAAUCCGGAGAGGAGUUCCUUGAACAUCCAAUUCAAGGGCCGAGGUCGAAGCAGAAGCGAGAUCCCCCGACCAAGUAGCCCCGGGCUAAUAAAUCUUAUGACCGCUCAUGGUGGACCACCAGUUCCAAACAUCACAUCGCCUCGAGUCAGUUCGGACACCGACCAAACACCCAGAAGUUCACCUCUGGGCCCUGAAACCGGAGACGCUGAAGAUGAGAAUGAUGUUGACACCAGCAAUAACAAAGGCGUGGUUAUGGAUUUCCCUGCUGUUCAAAGUCUGCCAGUGCCAACAAUCGAAGGGUUCAGGUCGCAGAUCAUGCAGUUGAACCCAAGACUUGAGCCGGCUUUGAUUCAUCGCCUGGCACAUGAGCAAAACCGUCGAUACAAGAUCUUGGUUGAUUUGCAGCAGAAGCAUUCUAUUGCAGCUGCCAACCACAUGUGUAAAUCUGGCAACUUUUGUACUGUUCAGGGAGGGCAACCCACUCUGUUGCAGGACCCCAAGGCCCCGCACGACCCCGAGGCAGGACAGAUCCAGUUCCAAGUGACAAGUUUCAAUUAUGGGCAAGAGCAACAGUAUUCUCCAGGCGACGGUACGGGGGCCGCGGCACAGUUCCCUCCUGGUGUGCCCCUUCCGCCGGUCAGUCGCCUUCCCGCCCGGUUUGAGUGCCCCAUUUGCUUUGAAGUGAAAACGUUCCAGAAACCAUCCGACUGGUCCAAACACGUUCACGAAGAUGUGCAGCCAUUUACUUGCACAUUCCCCCACUGCACCGAGCCCAAGUCAUUCAAGCGUAAAGCAGACUGGGUUCGCCAUGAGAACGAGAAGCACCGGCACCUGGAGUGGUGGACCUGUGCAUUCCCCGAGUGCAAUCACAAAUGCUACCGUAAGGACAAUUUCGUUCAGCAUUUGGUCCGGGAACACAAAAUGCCAGAGCCCAAGAUCAAAAAGACGGGCAAAGCCUCUGGCACUGUGGAUGCUGAGACUGUGCCGAAUAGCCGAAGGGAGCAGGAGCUUGAUCGAUUGUGGCAAAUGGUCGAAGAAUGUCGGCAUGACACCGCGCAAGCCCCUCAGGAGGAGCCAUGCCGCUUCUGCGGGAAUGUCUGUAGCGAGUGGAGAAAGUUGUCAGUCCACCUUGGUAAACACCUAGAACAGCUAGCCCUGCCCGUUUUGCGAUUAGCGAAGCCGAGCAGCGCUCCAACCCAUGUCGCCAACCCCAGCCAAGUGGAGCCGAAUCGCAGAUCAUCGGCCGCAACCUAUCCCUCUGUCGCGCCAUAUCACCCUGGACAAGAAGUACCCGAAACGGCCUCGACCCAUCUGCAGCCGCAGUAUGCGAUCCGAAACACUAGCACACCCGCUAACCCUGCGUUCUCGAUCAACAACGUUCCGCUGACAAAUUAUCCCACGAUCUCCGGCGGCGAACUUUCCAUGGAGCCCGAGUCAAUGACGGACUCUCUUACCCCUGAUCAGUUCUCAGGGUACACGCACGCGACGGGCCAAUUUGACCAAACUACUCUCCACCCCGCUCAGGCCCAGGCCUAUCCCCUGCAUCAGAACUCGGUGACAUACCCACCGCCUUAUAACGCCGUUCCGAGAUCGAGAUCCUCGGAGGCAGAUCUCAUGCUGCAACACUCGUAUCCUCUCGCCCAGUUUCUCCCUCAUCCCUCUCUGUACCCCGCCGAUGGGAAUUACCCAGCUUACCAACCCAUGGAGUCCAAUAUCCCCUACACUUCUGCGACUUACUCUUCUGGAUGUCCCUCCCGAAUGUGA